AGUAAUCAGCCCUUCAGCCAAGUUUUGAAUGUCGGCAAUCUCCAAACUUCAACGAAGUAUAAUGACCCAGGAAAGCAGCUAUGGGAGGUGGACAAUAUCCAGUAGUGAUGAAAGUGAGGAUGAAAAGCCCAGACCUGACAAGCCGUCAACAUCGUCUGUCCAUAGGCAGGGAGCGGUGCAGGGGCCUGUGUACACCUGCUCAGAGGCCCGCAAGGUUGCACACAAGAGAAAGCUUUCACCUGUGAAGUUCAGCAAUGCGGACUCAACAUUGCCCCCCAAAAGGCAGAAGAGUGAGGCCACAGAAGGUCUCGGCUGGUGUCUGUCCAGUAGCGAUGACGAGCAGCAGCUAGAGACACAGCACGACCAGCCUAAGGACAUGGUGGUCCAAGAGAAAAAACGUUCCUCCUCGCCCAACAUGCCUACCGCCCAGCAAGUUGUCCAUCACAGCCCUCCUGCCAGCCAUGGUCCCCAGAGGGCAGAUGAUGAGUACGAGACCUCAGGGGAAGGCCAGGACAUCUGGGACAUGCUGGAUACAAGGAACCCCUUCCAAUUUUACCUCACCAGAGUCUCAGGGAUUAAGGCAAAGUACAACUCCAAAGCCCUCCACAUCAAGGAUAUUUUAUCCCCUCUGUUUGGAACACUUGUCUCUUCAGCUCAGUUUAACUACUGCUUUGACGUGGACUGGCUCAUAAAGCAGUACCCACCAGAAUUCAGGAAGAAACCGAUCCUGCUUGUGCACGGAGAUAAGAGAGAAGCCAAGGCAGACUUGGAAGCCCAGGCAAAGCCCUAUGCAAACAUUUCCCUCUGCCAGGCAAAGUUGGAUAUUGCAUUUGGAACACACCACACGAAAAUGAUGCUCUUGCUCUACGAAGAAGGCCUCCGAGUUGUCAUUCAUACCUCCAACCUCAUCCGGGAAGACUGGCACCAGAAAACCCAAGGAAUAUGGUUGAGCCCUUUGUACCCACGAGUUGACCCGGCAAAGCACACAUCCGGAGAGUCAAGCACCCACUUUAAAGCUGACCUCAUCAGUUAUUUGAGGGCGUACAAUCUUCCCCCUCUCCAGGAGUGGAUAGACGCCAUCCAGGAGCACGAUCUCUCUGAAACCAAUGUUUACCUUGUCGGUUCAACCCCUGGACGCUUUCAAGGAAGUCACAAAGAUAACUGGGGACAUUUUAGGCUUAGGAAGGUUCUGCGAGCGCAUGCCCCAUCUGUACCCAAAGACGAGUGCUGGCCCAUCGUGGGUCAGUUUUCAAGCAUUGGUUCUCUGGGGCCUGAUGAGUCCAAGUGGCUGUGCUCAGAGUUUAAAGAGAGCUUGCUGGCACUGAGAGAAGAUGGCGGAACUCCAGGGAAAAGUGCAGCUCCUCUUCAUCUGAUCUAUCCUUCUGUGGAAAACGUGCGGACCAGCUUAGAAGGAUAUCCUGCUGGGGGCUCCCUUCCCUAUAGCAUCCAGACAGCUGAAAAACAGAAUUGGCUGCAUUCCUACUUUCACAAGUGGUCAGCAGAGACAUCUGGCCGGAGCAACGCCAUGCCACAUAUUAAGACAUACAUGAGGCCUUCAUCAGACUUCAGUAAACUGGCUUGGUUUCUUGUUACAAGCGCGAAUCUGUCCAAAGCCGCCUGGGGAGCACUGGAGAAGAAUGGCACCCAGCUGAUGAUCCGUUCCUAUGAGCUCGGCGUCCUCUUCCUUCCGGCGGCAUUUGGCCUGGACACCUUCAAUGUGAAGCAGAAAUUCUUCUCCAGCAGCUGUGAGCCAAUGACCUCCUUUCCUGUGCCCUAUGACCUGCCCCCGGAGCUCUAUGGGAGUAAAGAUCGGCCGUGGAUUUGGAACAUUCCCUAUGUCAAAGCACCCGAUACACAUGGCAACAUGUGGGUGCCUUCUUGAGACAAGGUGCUGUGAAGUCUGAGUGUAAAACAUUGAAUGUUCUUGUUUGUACCAAAUGUUCACCUGCCUUAAAAUCUUCUUAUUCGCACCCAUACAAAACCCUUUGCAAAAGUCAGUUUUGGUUAUGUGUCUGAUAGUCAUUGUCAACAUUCUCACUAAGAAAGAGAAGCGUUAUUUUCUUAAUUCACUUUUGUAUGUUCUUGGGAUGGAGAUAUUAAACUUCAUAGUGUUUAAAAUGUGUGUGUGCCUGGAGUGAAAUGACCAA